UAUACACGGGCCAUUAUAAAAUUCGAGUAUUGUACGUAAUGGAAUUUGGAACUGGAACUCGUUUUAAAUUAAAUAUAUUCUUCAGAUAUUCAUUCCGUAUUCUUAUUGGUUUCGUAUAAUAUACAUAAAUCACAUUAUUGACUAAAAAUAUAUUAUGAUGAUGAUUAGUAGUGAUAUUGCGUAGAUAAGCUAUUUAUUUACUAGGCCUACACCUAAGAUACAGAGUAUUUUCUGGUAUUUUGUGUUAAUAAAGUAUGUCUGAUUGUUAAUAUUGGUAAUUAUCUACAAUAGUAACUUAUUAGUCGAUAUGGGUGAUAUUUUUAUUACUUUAUUAGACGAAACAUGCACUAUUUUGGAAUCUUAUAAAGGAAGAGAUAAGGUGUUAAGAGUACUAUGUUAUUUAGCAAAAUUAUUAGGAGAACUUCAAAGCGAUCCUGUAUUAGCAAAGAAGUUCUCUAUAUUUGGUUCACAAAUGUCUGCUACCAGAGCGACUUUGCGUUUACUUAGCGACCUUCCUGCAUUACAAAAUAAUUUACAGUAUGGAUUUGGUAGAGAUGAACCUGAUAAGUACAUGGCCAACUUAGGAGUAGUAUCAAAUUUAAUUGAUCAACUCUUUUUGCCUAUGGAAAAGAUGUCGUGGCUCUCUAAACAUAAGCUUUUAACAGGUAUCGAUACAAAUAAAUGGGAUAAUGCUAGUUCCCUAUGUUGGGCUUUAUCAACAUAUUUAACUAUUUUGAAGACCAUGAGGUAUUUAUUCUUACUGGAGAUGCACAAAGACUGUUUUUCAAAAGAAAAAAAUAUAUCAGGAGAACAACUACGAAACAUUAAGAAAUAUCAUUUGUGGAACUUAAUACGGUUGUGUAUGGAUUUUGUACACGCUGUAAAUACUCUACCGCCAGGAUUUCUUUGGUCGUCUAGAUUAAAACCUUGGCAUAUUGGUAUUAUAGGUACAAGUUCUUCUGUUUUGGGUAUAUAUUUAAUGAUUUACAAAAGGUGGUUGAAAUAAUUUGUAAAUAUUUUAUACUUUGUUAAUGUAUGUACAUCUGUUUUAUUGAAUAAACUAUUUUUCUACAUUAUGUUAAAA